AUGUCUCUUACUAUUCUCACUGUCGCCCUGGCGCUUCAUUUCUUGGCGAGCCUCCCUGUGCAUGCUGCAGGACCCGUCGUGCGGAUAGACGCGCUGCAAGCACAAGCUCUGGCGGCGAGCGCGGGGGCAUGGGGAGUGGCGCCCACAGGGUGGAGUGGAGGGGGGGACUGCAGCCAAGUGCAAGGGGUGACUUGUGACAGCAAUGGCACGGUGGUGGCAAUCAACCUCGCGAACUGCUCUCUAAGUGGCUACAUCCCCACCACAUUCAGUGCCCUCACGUCCCUCUCCCUGCUGACUACAACCACUUCUCAACCCUCGCACACAUGUCUCACCUUCGCCUUUUCUCACGUGUCUCUCGAAGCUCAUUUCUGCCUCUGUCAUUGCCUCUUACUUUCCCUCACAUAUAAAGCAUGCUCACGGCUUUUUUCCUCUCCCUACGCCACCCACCCUCCUCCUGCUCCCCCCUUUUAUUCCUCUCCCCCUCUCCUCCGGCUGCGUCCUCCUCACCCCUCCCCCUUCCUCUCCCUCCUUCCCCCUACCCCUCCCUCUUCCCAUUUUCCCCUUUUCUCUCCUAUCCUUCUCGGGUCUCCCCUUGGCCGCCCCCCCUUCUUCCCUCACCUCCCACGCAGGGAUCUGAGUCACAACAGCCUAUGGGGCACCAUGCCGUCGUUCCUCAGCCUGCUGGAGAAUCUGAGGCGCCUGUGA